AUGAAAGGGAAACUCUUUUUUCAAAGAUCUACAUUGUCUCUUUUCGCUUCAUCGCACUUGUGGCCGACAUUAAUGGAGAACGAUACUGAUAGCAAAAUUCUUACUAUGGCGGAAGUUCGUGAACUUCUUCAGGAUAACAAUAAAUGUAUUGUCAUAAUCAAUAAUCGUGUAUACAAUGUGACACCAUUCCUCACUGCGCAUCCUGGUGGACAACAAAUUUUGAGACAACACCAUGGAAAAGAUGCAUCGGUCCCUUUUGAAAAUAACAAGCACAGCAAAUAUGCUCGUAAGAAAAUGAAACAAUACGAAAUUGGUCAACUUCAUUCUGAUGAUAUUCAAGCACUAGUAAAGCAUGAUAGUAAUCGGAUGGAUUAA